GCGGCUCCUCUCUUAUUGCCAUUGAGUUGCGCUUCUCCUCUUCAGGCUGCAGGGAAGAGCUGCCCGGCUCCUUGCUCCUUCUUUCCUUCCUUCCUUCCUUCCUUCCGGAUCGUCGAGGAGAAGAGGGUCCAGCAGGAGGGCCAUCUCCCUUCCCCUGGCUGAGCGGGGCUCCUUGGGAGAAGGGAAAGACCCCUCGCGCCCAUCCUUCAAAGGAGGGAUCGCUUGCCCUGAUCUUGCCAGCUGAUCGAGGGGUGAAGAAGAGGGCAUGAAGUUGGGCACAAAGUCGCCUCUUUCUUCUUCUCCUCCUCCUCCUCCUUUCCUUGCCUCACUUCUGCCUUUGAUGGACAGGCAUCAAGAUCCUCUCUCUCCCCGGUGAGACCUUCCUGCUCCUUCCUCCCUUGGAGACUUUUUCCCGUCCCCUACAACUCCUGCUUCUUCCUCUCCUUUUGGGGCAGCCAGUUGAGAGAGAAGGGGCGAAGAGGCUGUAAAAGGGUUUCCCUCUUCUUCGUUUUUCCUUGCACCCCUCCACCGUUGAUUAGUUUUUCCCCACCUUUUUGUAAAGCAAUGGCCAAGGCAGUGAGGCCUGGAGAAGGAACAAGUGUGGGAAAAGGCAACAGGAGCUGAAGGGCAGGAUGCGGGAGACUUGAGGGAGAUCCAGGCUUAACAUACACACAGAGAGAGAGAGAGUAAAGCAAAGCCUCUUUUGGACUCUGCUUGCUGCUGCUGCGAGAGCUUUCUGCAUAUCUCUUCUUCUUUGAACCGUCUUUCCUGGAGGAUUUAAGAGCCAAGACCAACAAGAGGGAUUGUGUGCUGAAACAAGGAGGCUCUCUUCUCUUCCUUUCAACCCUCCCUGGAGCAAGAAAAGAAGAUGGACUGGGGGCUCUUCUUCCUCAACUAUUUGGCCCUGGCUCUCACCCUUGGCAGGGCUCUGAAGAGUGAUAAAUGUGGCGAGAAUAUAAAAAUUGUAGAGCCUGGAUACCUCACUUCUCCUGGCUAUCCUAAUACUUAUCAUCCAAGCCAGAAAUGUGAAUGGCUGAUUCAAGCGCCUCAACCGUACCAGAGAAUAAUGAUCAACUUCAACCCUCACUUUGAUUUGGAGGACAGAGAAUGCAAGUAUGAUUAUGUUGAAGUGAUUGAUGGAGACAACGCAAACGGACGAGUGUGGGGAAAGUUUUGUGGCAAGAUUGCCCCCCCUCCUGUGAUAUCUACAGGACCAUACCUCUUAAUCAAGUUUGUCUCUGAUUACGAAACUCACGGAGCAGGCUUUUCCAUUCGCUAUGAAAUUUUCAAAAGAGGACCAGAAUGCUCCAGAAACUUUACAUCAAUGAGUGGGGUGAUCAGAUCACCAGGCUUCCCUGAAAAAUAUCCCAAUAGCCUUGAAUGCACUUACAUUGUUUUUGCACCAAAGAUGUCAGAGAUUAUAUUGGAAUUUGAAAGCUUUGAACUGGAACCUGAUUCAAAUCCUCCAGGAGGAGUAUUCUGUCGCUAUGACCGAUUAGAAAUCUGGGAUGGAUUCCCUGAAGUUGGCCCUCACAUAGGCCGAUAUUGUGGGCAAAACACACCAGGCCGUGUCCGCUCUUCGACUGGUAUUCUUUCUAUGGUUUUCUACACUGACAGUGCAAUAGCAAAGGAAGGAUUCUCUGCAAACUACACUGUCUUACAGAACAGUGUAUCAGAAGAUUUCCAGUGUGCUGAACCACUCGGCAUGGAGUCUGGUGAAAUUCAUUCUGACCAAAUCAGUGCCUCUUCCCAGUAUAGCACCAACUGGUCUUCUGAAAGGUCCCGAUUAAAUUACCCUGAAAAUGGAUGGACACCUGGAGAAGACACCAGCAGAGAAUGGAUACAGGUGGACCUUGGCCUUCUCCGCUUUGUUUCUGCCAUUGGGACCCAGGGAGCCAUCUCAAAAGAGACCAAGAAAAAAUAUUUUUUGAAAACAUAUCGAGUGGAUGUCAGCUCUAAUGGAGAAGACUGGAUUUCUGUUAAAGAUGGAAAUAAUAAACCUUUGGUGUUUGUGGGGAACACCAAUCCCACUGAUAUUGCUUACCGAACUUUCCCCAAACCAGUUCUGACACGUUUUGUUAGAAUUAAACCUGCAAGCUGGGAAACUGGGAUAUCGCUAAGAUUUGAAGUAUAUGGAUGCAAAAUAACAGAUUAUCCUUGCUCUGGCAUGCUGGGUAUGGUAUCUGGUCUGAUCACAGACUCUCAGAUUACUGCAUCAAAUGAAUUUGAGAGAAACUGGAUCCCGGAAAAUGUCCGUCUUAUAACUAGUCGAGUAGGGUGGGCACUACCGCCACCUGCCACACACACAUAUGCAAAGGAAUGGCUCCAAAUAGACCUUGGUGAAGAGAAGAUAGUGCGAGGCAUAAUUGUCCAGGGAGGUAAACACAGAGAGAACAAAGUCUUCAUGAGGAAAUUCAAGCUUGGAUACAGCUACAAUGGAUCAGACUGGAAGUGGAUUAUGGAUGCCAGCAAAAGGAAGGCUAAGGUUUUUGAAGGCAACACUAACUAUGAUACUCCUGAACUCCGUACCUUUGAACCUAUAACAACAAGAUUCAUUCGUGUUUAUCCUGAAAGAGCCACCCAUGGUGGUUUGGGACUAAGGAUGGAAUUACUGGGCUGUGAAAUUGAAGUACCUACAUCAGUUCCAACCACCGCUGACAGCAACCUUGUGGACGAAUGUGAUGAUGACCACGCAAACUGCCACAGUGGAACAGGUGAUGACUUCCAGUUGACAGGCAGUACCACAGCCAUGAUAACAGAAAGGCCAACAGCAAUUGAUACUACAGUGCAGCCAGAACUCCCAGCAUAUGGUUUCAACUGUGGAUUUGGCUACAGUUCUCAGAAGACAAUCUGCCGUUGGGAGCAUGAUAGCCAACUGGACCUGAGGUGGGCUGUGCUUACCAGCAAAACCGGACCCAUUCAAGACCACACAGGAGAUGGCAAUUUCAUUUAUUCACAAGCUGAUGAAAACCAGAAAGGCAAAGUUGCACGGCUCAUCAGCCCCAUCAUCAACCCACAGAACUCUGCACUCUGCAUGACUUUUUGGUAUCAUAUGUCGGGGCCGCACGUUGGCACAUUAAGAAUCAAACUGCGAUACCAUACACUUAAAGAGUAUGAUCAGGUCUUGUGGAUGCUUAGUGGAAAUCAAGGAAACUGCUGGAAAGAAGGGCGAGUCCUUCUUCAUAAAUCUGUGAAACAUUAUCAGGUGAUGGUGGAAGGAGAAAUAGGGAAAGGAACUGGAGGAAUUGCAGUUGAUGACAUUAACUUUGACAGCCACAUAGCCCAGGAGGAAUGCCGAAAGUCAAACGAUGCAGGAAAUGAAAUAGUUGAAGUAGAGCCAGAUAUUAAUCAAACAGGAUUUACUCCUGAUUACCGUGAAAAUGGGGAGCCCUACAAUGAUAACAUCUCCAGAAAGCCGGGUAAUGUUCUGAAGACUCUUGACCCCAUUCUCAUCACCAUCAUAGCCAUGAGUGCGCUGGGAGUCCUUCUGGGGGCCAUCUGUGGAGUCAUUCUGUACUGCACCUGUUGGCACAAUGGAAUGUCAGAUAGGAACUUAUCUGCACUGGAGAACUACAAUUUUGAACUUGUGGAUGGCGUGAAAUUGAAAAAAGAUAAACUGAAUGCACAGAAUACUUAUUCAGAGGCGUGAAAAGAAUAUAGCUAAAGAGGUUGUGGAGAAUUGAGAUGGAAGGACAUAUCACUAGCUUAUGCUGGGAAACUGUGGAUCUUCUUUUACUGUACAGGCUGAAAACCGCGUUGGGGACGCUGAGCCAAGCUUUUCUCAGGAGCUUCAGUGAGUGUAACAGAUGUACUAAAACAUGGACAACAAUCUGUGUUAAACAAUCUGAAUCAUGUACAGUCUAUUUCUGUUUCUGUUUUGAUUUGAAAUAAUCAAAUGCUGGUGUUGAGACCAAGUAUGAUUGACUUAAGAGGGGAUGUUUCUUUUGGUCUUUCCUAUUUUUAUUUUUAUCUGUCCUUCCUCCCCCGUCCCCUUUCCCUCCUUUCUUGGUUUUGUUUCCUUCCUCCCCAUCCUUCAUCCUGUCUGUUCUCUCUCUCUCUCUCUCUCUCUCUCUCUUUUUUUUUUUUUUUUUUUUAACUGUGCAAAAAUCCAAGAUGCUGUCACAAAGUGUAUUUUGGUGGGGGUCCUUUUGGUGGACAUGCUGUCUUUAGCUCAGUGCCCAGAAAAAAAUAUCAGAGUAACAGCAACCUAGUGGAUUCCUGAACCUGUAUUUGUGUAUAAUUGCUUGUGUUGUGCAUAGGCAACGGAGGGUUAGGGUGUUUUUGAAAACAAAACAAAAAAAGUACUGUAGCAUCAGUACUAGUAUAGUGUGUCAGCUCUGUUUAACAAGCAAUACAGUCAGAAUUUUAUUGGUGUUUCUCAAUGUUGUACUAAACUUUGUGCUUGUGAAUUCCAUACAAGAAAUACGUGCCAUCAUCCAGAAACAACCGGCAAACCAAGUGUACUGCCUCUAAUUGUAAGAAAACAAAGCAAAAGUCCUUGGCACUGGCUAGUGUGUGUCCUCUCAAGUGCCUUUUUGUUUGUACUGCUUCUCAUUGUGUUAACAUUAACUCCACCUUUGUCUCUCUCCAGUUAAAGUCCUUAUUACUUACCCUAAGGGCUCACUGACUAACAAGAAAGUAUAUUUUAGAGUAAGUAAACCUUGGGAAGGCAAGGGCUAAGGAAAUUAGACAACUUGGUGGCUUGAUUCUUCCACUUCCUGUAUUUCAAUUUAAUGUUUCUGGACCAUUUUUGUACAAAGCUGCAAUAUUUUCCCCCUUCUCCUUUUAUUGUUCUUUCAUAUAGAAUGUAUUUUCAAAUAUAAGCACUCACUUCUCUCUUUCUCUCUCUCUUUCUCUCUCUUUCUCUCUCGCUCUGUCUAAGUAGAUUGUUGCAUAAACAUUUGCCAUUGUCAAGAAAAGGAAAAUGCAGCUUUAAUUCGCUGGUAAUGGCAAAAAAAAUGGAUUUAUUAGACUAUGUUUUGUUUUGUUUUCCUGAGUUUUUUUCUUAUUAUUUUAAGUAAGGGAGAUUUAACUUUACACUCCAAAGUUGAACUUUGGAUUUCUUGUUAACAACAUAAAGUGAAAGUAUCUUUUUCUUUUAGUAAGCCAUGAAAUCAGUCUUUUAAUUCUGUGCAAGGCUUUCAUAUUAAUAGAUAGCAAAAGAGGGUUGUUUUUGAUUUCUCAAAACAAAGAAUGUCUCUUGCCAUCUACUAGCCAUACUGUCCAAUGUAAGGGUGAUUAUCUUUGUGUAGGACCCUUUCGUCUUAAUUCGGGUUACACUGAUGCUGCUACCAGUGGUGCUGUGUUGGCUUGGUCAGCAAUGGAUAAGCUAAAAAUCAAUCAAUCACUCAAUAUAUGACACAUUAAUCCUAACUGAGUUAAUAUAUGACAGAUUGAAAACCCAUAACAUUUUAAAGGCAAGAAUGUACAUGCCAGGUUCAAAAACAGAUCAUGCUGUGUACAACAUUUGUAUUUCCCUCUUUCUUUUUCAGGAACAGAUUACGUGAUACUGUCCAAAAAAAAGUAUCUAUGUAAAGGAAGCAGCAGCUGACACAAUGCAUUUAGGAAUUAAAUUAUUCUCCAAAAGAGGUAGUUAAGAUUUUAAAUUACAACUAGACGUCGAGUCAUCAGAAGGGGAUUUUGCCACAUCAGUUUAUUGGUAGUGGGGAAUAUUUUUGAUGAAAUAUACCCUUGCAUGGUGAGAGUUGGUAAGUAUCAUGUCAGACUAAACUUUUGAAAAGUUUGCAAGACUUAACUCAGAUUUGCAACAACUAUAGCAAUUGCCCAAAGAUGGCAGAAUUCAAAGCUAAACAUUUACCACAAAGGAGAAGGAGUAAUUCCUAAAUGCAUUAUCCAAAUUCCACUUACUGAAACAACCUACUAGUUAAUUAUCCCAAAGAGAAGAUCAAGCCCAAAUAAUUUUCAACUGCACUUGUUUCAUGUAAUAUCUAGUUGCAUUAUAUAAUUAUCAGCUUUGCCAUAGCAAUGGUUACCAUGUGGGCAUCUUAAGAUCCAUAACCUAAAAGCAUGCAAAUAUCAUUUGAGACAUGGGGCUUGCCUUACACGAAGACAUGGCCCUGGCAGACAUCUAGGAACAAUAGGUAAACAUAUUUCUUGAUGAUGAGAAUGGACUUGUUCAUGUGGAGACAAUUUCAACUGAGUCCAUCUGGUGAAGUGUUGCCUAUUCUGGCUGGCUGCAGUUCUCCAAAGUGUCAAAGAGGUCAUUUUUGCCUCUAUUAUAGGAGAUGCUUUUAAAACUAGAGUUGUGCGAGAUUUACCCUGGGACCUUUUGCAUGCGAAGCAUGUACUCGACCAUUGGAUUGCUUAUCCUUUAACUCCAGAUAACUUCCAGUAAAGUCUGUUCCUUGGAAGAAGUCUUGUGCUUGGGCUGAUACUUGAGCAUAUGAAAGCUUUGUGUUAUUAUGGCUCAUUCACACAUGUUAAUAAUCACUCUUUUCUACAACAUAACAGGUGAUUAAUAUGCAAGUGUGAACUACUGCCAGCCCAGGAGAGUACAACAUGUACUAUUAUUUGACACUUAUUCAGUGCAAGAAGUCAGAGGUGACAUGUUCACUGUUCAAGGGUAUCUAACAUGAUGAUACUGGAAUCCAACCCCUGUCAGUCUUAACAUGAUGACUUUUCAGUGGUGAAGAGAGCUGUAAUUGAACAUCUGAAGCUCACAGGUUCCACGCCCCUGGCCCCACAGUCUCAGAAACAAAUUCCACUCUGCUCAGUAGGACUUAUGCCUAAGGAAGUACAUGGGGCUGCAGAAUGCUUUUAAAAAAUGUUGUAUGGAUCUUAAGUUGUGUGUGUGUAUACACACACAUACACAUACUAUCAUAGACAACUCUCAUGGGACAGCAAAGAACAUGAUAGUGUGAAUAGCUCCAGCAUAUCUUUCCCUAACCUCCCUGUCAGAAAACAAAUGCUCCUUUCCUAGAAACCUAACUAGGCUUGUCCAAGCCUCCCUUCACACUUCAAUUCACACAUUUCAAUUUGUUGAAACUCAUUUGGGUUUAGCUAAUUGUUUUGCUCUAGUUGGAACAGAAAAGGGUUGGACUUUAGUCCACCCAGCAUUGGUCCUGUGUCCUCCAUUUUCUUCAGUGCAUGCCAGCGCCACAGAAAUAAAUAAAACUUGAUGCAUCCAACCUUUCUUCCUAUGGCUCCAUCUCAAAAUAUCUGCUGUUUUGCCAAAUAAAUGUCUGUGGUGGAGACAUUUUAGCUGUGGCACCAUGGCAAGAUGGCAGGAUGACACCAUCACAUGAGUAUGACAUGAAUAGCAGCUUAGCAUUUAGCAGGUGUGCCAGUGCAGAUAUUUGAAGCUAAUGUGCUCCCUGAUGGCUAGUCUCUUCCAUGCCAGCAGUUUGGUGAAUCCUCUCUGGGUUUUAAUCCAGACAUUCAAACAGAUUUCCAAGGUGCAAAGGUUAACCCCCAAAAUGGGAUCAGUGCCUUUGACAGCUCCUGUAAUGUUCACCAUAAACCUCAAAGAUUAUUCAUUAUUCUACUAGCAUGGAAGCCACCAGUCGUCACUGAGUGCAUCAGACUGCAAAUGCCAUGGGUAGAAUAAGAAAACCUAUUGCUAUACUUCAGCCUCCCUCUCCAAGCCUACUACCCCUAUGUGUCCCUCUUCAGCUUGCCAUCUAGCUGGAAGUUGUGGGAACUGUAGUCAAAUACAUCCAAGAGCAGUGAGUUAUGGAAAGCUGUGGUUAAUGUUGAACACCAGAACAGAACAUUGGGGAUCUUAUUUUUUUCAAACAGAAAUUGAAUCAAAACUGCCCUUCAGCAAAGGAAAAGUGAUACUGCAACUUUUAACAAAAAAGAAGUUAUCUUGCACUGAUAAAUAUAUUUAAAAAUUAUAUGUUUAUAAAGUUAUUAAUUUGUAAAGGCAGUGUUACAAAUUGUUCAGUUUAUAUUAUUUUAGAUUGUUUCAUAAUUUUGAAAGUGUAAAAUAACAUAUUUUUUUCUUUAUCAAACAAAAAAACCCUAUAAAAAUCUUCUGUAGUGAAAGGAUUUCAUUUUACUAGUAUGUUAUUGCUUCAUGUUUUGUACCAUCAUGAAAUUUUGUGCAAAUUUUUUUACAGAAAUUUUUUAUUUUCUAUGACAAUAUGACACUUUUAAAUUGUUAUUUCAAAAGUGAACAGCGAAGCCUUAACUUUAAAUGAUGUUUGUAUUCUCGGACACUGAGUAGCAUUAAAAACAAGCAAACAUAGGAUUGAAUUGUAAUUUAAAUUUCCAGACAAUGACUACUACAUUCCAAAGAAACAGUUGAAUUAAACAUUUUCAUAAAAUA